GCGAAGAAAAACACAACGACGGAAGUAAAGAAGACAAACCGGAACAUAAACAAAGGCUCAGCGUGACUCUGAAAGAGUGAGCCUGUGACACCUGUUGUUUUUUUUCUGGAUUAGAGAAAUGAAAACUGUCUCUCUGUUAGGGUCUGGUGUGUUGUGAUGUGAUGUCCGUGUUUGUACCGAUCACCAGCUUUGUGCGCAUGCGGCUCACAUGGAUAGGCUCUCUGCUGCUUAGACCCCCUCCCACUGGACUCAGGUGUGUGUUGGCAGCCGGUAAAAAGGACCUGAUAGACCUUCCUGUCCUGGUCGAGGAUGAGCUCGAAGAGCAGUUUGUGAGAGGAUCUGGACCCGGAGGACAGGCGACCAACAAAACCAGCAACUGCGUGGUGCUAAAGCACAUCCCCACUGGGAUCGUGGUGAAGUGCCACCAGACCAGAUCUGUGGACAUAAAUCGAAAACGUGCCCGAGAGAUUAUGAGGGAGAAACUCGACGUUGCGUACAAAGGAGAGCUCAGUGAAGUUGUGAUGAAGAAGAAGGAGUCUGUGCUCAGGAAGCAAGAAAAGAGGAGGAAGGCCAACGAGAACCUGGAGAGAAAGAGACUGUUGAAAGAAGCGCUGGCUGCAGACUCCAAGCCCGGAAAUGACACUGUAUGAGUGUGUGUGUGUGUGUGUGUGUGUGUGUGUGUGUGUGUGUGGUCGGUGAGGUCAGAGAUACUUGAAUGAUCCUGCACGUUGUGUCUGUAAAGCCUCAGUCUGAAGAAGUGCUGUCAGCUCUAAUAACAAGAUUUUAUUUGUUUAGCUUCAGACAGGCACAGUAUCAGUGUGUCACAUAAGGAUUAAAAUAAAGUUAUGUGUGAUUGGUUGUUUAUUCGUGUGAGUCUAAACUUGAGUUAAAUAGGGGGGUCUGCUUCGUUUACCUUUAGAUUGAAGUAGGAUGGCAAAAAUUUUGGAAGCCAUGGAGCAUUCAGCAUAUUUGAAUUUCACAAGAAAAAGCUUAAAAAGAGACAAGUUGAUCUGUGGAUGUCUUCAUGUUGAAACCUAAAGGUGUCACCAGAACACAGUAAUAUAUAAGUGGACCUAUUGCAAAUGAACAUAAAAAAACGUUUGCUUCUAUUUAUACUGAUUAUAGGAUGCUGAAAAAUUGCAUUGAAAUGAAUUACAGUUGCUGGACACUUUAAGUACCUUGCUGCUACCCAGUUAGAUCCCUUUUUCCUCCAGAGCUACCUAAAUUCUUUUCACAUAGAUUCAAGAUGGUGUCAGAAACAUUCCUCUUUGGUCCAUACCUGCAUAAUAGCAUUGCACAGAUUUGUAGGCUGAAUAUCCAUGAUAUAAAUGUCCUGUUCAAUCGCAUCCCAAAGGGGCUCUAUUGAAUUGAGAUCUGGUGACUGUGGAGGCAAUUUGAGUACUCAAGCAGUUUAAGAUGCUUUUGGCUUUAUGACAUGGUGUGUUAUUCAUCAGAAAAUGGGUGCUCUGUGGUCAUAAAGGGAUGCUCAGCAGCAAUACUCAGUUGGUACCAAGGGGCAUAAAGUAUGCCAAGGAAAUACCAUAACAAGUGGUUAUUGGAGUUACUGUUACCUUCCUAUCAGCUCAAAGUAGUCUGGGCUCCUCUGACUUCUAUAAUCAAGAAGGCAUUUUAACCCAGAGAACUGCUGCUCACUGGAUAUCUUUACUCAUUCAGACUACUAUCUGAAAACACUAAAGAUGGUUGUGUGGGAAAAUCCCAGCGGAUCAGCAGUUGUUUUUUUUUUUUUUUACAAUACUCAGACCAGUACGUCUGCAUAAUUUUUAACAGUACCUCUUACAUCCUUUUGCCACUAGAUGUCAGUAAAAAUCUCUUUCUCUACAUUAAUAGGAUGUUUUAUUUAGAAAGUUUUAUUUAAAAAGCAAAUGUGGGUCUGUGCUCAAUUCUAGCCAUAUCUAAGUAAAAAUCAUGAUCUCUAGCUGUAAGUUGUUGUCUUUUAUUUUUAUCUUUGCGAUGUUAUAUUCCGUUAAUAUUACUUUUUGGAUUUAUAAGCUCUUUACAGGUAAACAGGCAAAACAGAUUGUUUUGUGUUGCUAUUAAAAUAAUUAUCAUUAACUGUUAUUUAAUGCCACUGAGAAAAACUUUUGCAAAGAGACCGAUAACACGCAGAGUAGUCAGCUGGGGCCAAUCAGAGAGCUGUUUUCAAACCCAAGCCCCUCCCGUCUGUACUUAAGAGCCAAUGAGAAGCGGAGUAGUAUUUUUAAAUCCUCCACGCUCUCUCCGGAGUGAUGCGGUCUGAUAUUUGUCGUUGUUGUUGCAGUGAACUGAGUACAGUGAGGAACUAGAAGACACAGGACUGCAUUUAACAGCUCCCACGUCCUCUGUGGAUUUUUAUUUGUGUACUGACAUGGCAAAAGGUAA